AUGCGUUAUGAUGCUGUCGAGCAGUUGACCGGCAGCAACUUUCCUCGUUGGAAGAACUCCAUUGAGUUAUGUUUGGCUUUCAACGAGUUUGAUUAUGCCUUAAGGGAGGAUAAGCCCGUGGCGCCAGUUGCUGGUGCUACGGGGUAUGAUGAACUAAAGAAAACUUGUGACUCCAAGAUGGAGAAGUGGGACAAAUCCAAUCACGUUGCAAUGCUCGUGAUGAAUUCUUCCAUUUCACCUGAGAUUAUUGGGGCUCUCCCCAAGAAAGAUACUGCCAAGGAAUUUAUGGAAGCCUUGGAGGAUCAAUUCAAAGGCUCUGAAAAGGUUUAUGCACAUGAGCUUUUUCACAAGCUACUUGGCAAGUACAAAAAUGAUGGUGAUGUUAGGGGACACAUACUGAGAAUGAUAAAUGCUUCAAAUAAGUUGAAGCACCUAAAGUGUGAGCUCAGUGACAAUCUCCUCAUCAUCAUGAUCUUGGAGUCCCUCCCUGAAGAGUUCGAUUAG